AUUAGCGCGCGCAGAGACCGAGCGAGUGCGGGAGGAGGGAGGAGCACCCGGGCACAGAUGAGCGCGCAAGGAAAAGAAGCGGCCAGAGCAGCCGAGAGCUUUUAAGGGAUUUGCCGCUCAUUUGGAGAAUCUCACUGCUAGGAGAUUGCACGCCCCCCCCCCCCCUCGCCCCUCUCAACUCCUGCCCCACACUUUUCCUCGGCUCUGCCUAAAGGCUGAAGAGUCAUUUGGGGUCUGCUGGAUCACCAUUAAGCGUUUUUCGGUCUUGUCACUUAGGGGGAGUGAAAUGAUCAAGGAUCUAUUUCAGGUGUGCGCAGGAGAGCCUUGCCUCUGAAAUCCAGUCCCGCCUUCAAGCCAAUAUGGCUACGAGCACCUGCGAGGGAUAAAAUCCACCCUGGUCCAGAAGGUGGUGAAGAAUGUGCAGGUGAGUGGCGCGCCCGUGACCCCCCCCCAACGCUUCCCCUCCGGCAUCGCUCUGCAUAUGUGCUGCAAAGGUGUCACACGAGUGUUUGACUGCUGUGUUGCAUACCGCCGAGUGGAUGGAUCGUCUUAUGAAGCACAUCGCGCUGGCGAGCAAAGUGCAUUUGAUGCAGCCGAAAACGUUGUUGCGCUCCUAAACUAGAAAUAGGAUUUGAAAACAAAUUUCGGACCUCGGGUCUACGCUCUUUCUGUUUUGUAAAUCGUUGACCGCCGCGCGCUCUUCUGCAUGGUAUACUUGCUGGAUGCAAGCUGCGUGUGUUUCAGAUACCGUAUGGGGACAAUUCUGCUUAGGGGCUAGCGCGUUCAUAAAGCACGCUCCGCACCCAUUUCAAGCAUUCAACGAUGGUGAAAUGAGACAAACUAAUAAAGUCGCACGUCGGCGGCGCGCAGAGCUGCUGUCCAACUCGCCCGCGAGUGUCGUUGGGCACACGAAAGAGAGUCAGAGCCUCGUUUGCCAAUCAAUCGCAUUCAAUGUCCAAAGGUACAACCUUUGCUUUUAUUGUGGUGUCAAACCGCAGUCGGUAUUUGUCAGGAAAGACAUCGAAAUGAAACAUGUUUCCUACAUGAUUGACCUCUGUCGAUGGAGAGAAAAACUGGAGAGAACCCCCCCCCCCUGAUGUUGCCACUUUAUCAAGUUUUGGAUCUCAGCAGCCUGCAUCAGUGAAACUAGUCAAAAAUUGAUCGAGUCGCGCAUUGGAAAAGUGCACCAAAAAAAACAAACCAAAUGUGAGAUGAUGAGAUGAUGAGAUGAUGGCUGGGCCUUCAAGUGUGUGUGUGCGCGUGCGUGUGUCUGAGCCCCACAGGCGUGAAAGGUAGAAGGGCGGGCGCGGCGCCUCAAGUCCCUCUCCGCCGGCCGGCGUCAUGACGUCCCGUCACGGCAGCUGGCUGGGGAAAUGGUCCCGAGUGCUAUGGCUGCUGUGGCUGGGCACCCUUCCGGCUUCGCGGGCCCAACGGGGCAUCCAGCCCCAAUCUCUGAAAAUCGAGGGGGACAUCACCCUGGGGGGGCUGUUCCCCGUCCACUCCCGAGGCCCGGCGGGGGUGCCCUGCGGAGACGUCAAAAGGGAGAAGGGAAUCCACCGUUUGGAAGCCAUGCUGUACGCCCUGGACCAGAUCAACGGCGACCCGGACCUGCUGCCCAACAUCACGCUGGGAGCCCGGAUCCUGGACACCUGCUCCAGGGACACCUACGCCUUGGAGCAGUCGCUGACUUUUGUCCAAGCCCUCAUUCAAAAGGACACGUCGGACGUGCGCUGCUCCAACGGGGAGCCUCCCAUCCUCCCCAAACCGGAGAGGGUGGUGGGCGUCAUCGGGGCCUCCGGCAGCUCCGUGUCCAUCAUGGUGGCCAACGUGCUUCGCCUCUUCUCGAUCCCCCAAAUCAGCUACGCCUCCACUGCGCCGGAGCUGAGCGAUAAUAGUCGAUACGAGUUCUUCUCCCGUGUGGUACCUCCUGAUUCUUACCAGGCCCAGGCCAUGGUGGACAUCGUGAAAGCCAUGGGCUGGAACUACGUCUCGACACUCGCGUCAGAAGGCAACUAUGGAGAGAGCGGAGUUGAUGCUUUCCUCCAAAUAUCCAGAGAAGCAGGGGGGCUGUGCAUCGCACAGUCCAUCAGAAUCCCUCGAGAGCCCAGACCCGGGGAGUUCGAAAAGAUCAUCAAGAGACUGAUGGAGACGUCCAACGCUCGCGGGGUCAUCAUCUUUGCCAACGAGGACGACAUCAACUGGGGGGCCAAGAACUCCCCCAUCCAAGACCAGGAGGAGGUGGCGGAGGGCGCCGUCACCAUCUUGCCCAAAAGAGCCUCGAUUGACGGAUUCGACCAGUACUUCACGUCCAGAUCUCUGGAAAACAACAGGAGAAACAUUUGGUUCGCCGAAUUUUGGGAGGACGACUUCAAGUGCAAACUAACGCGGCCCGGCGUCAAAGAUGAGGCCGACAGAAGAAAAUGUACAGGUGAGGAAAGGAUCAGUCGAGACUCCCAGUACGAACAGGAGGGCAAGGUGCAGUUUGUCAUCGACGCGGUGUACGCCAUGGCGCACGCCUUACACAGCAUGCACGGCGACCUGUGUCCCGGCUCCGUGGGCGUUUGCGACAAGAUGGACCCCGUGGAGGGGCGGAUGCUGCUCCAAUACAUUCGCUCCGUCAAUUUCAACGGAAGCGCGGGAACGGGCGUGAUGUUCAACGAGAACGGCGACGCGCCCGGCCGAUAUGACAUCUUCCAGUACCAGCUUUCCAACGUCAGCAACCCCGGCUACAAAGACAUCGGCCAAUGGACCAACCACCUCCGACUCGACCCGGAGGAGAUGCGGUGGUCGGGCGGCGAGCGCAAGAUCCCCGAUUCGGUGUGCAGCUUCCCGUGCGAGCCCGGCGAGAGGAAGAAGAUGGUGAAGGGCGUCCCCUGCUGCUGGCACUGCGAGCUCUGCGACGGCUACCAGUACCUCCUGGACGAGUUCAGCUGCGACGUGUGCCCGUUCGACAUGAGACCACUGAGGAACCGCAGCGGGUGCCGGCCCACGCCCAUCGUCAAGCUGGAGUGGAGUUCCCCCUGGGCCGUCAUCCCCGUCUUCCUGGCCAUCCUGGGCAUCCUGGCCACCACCGGCGUGAUCGGCACCUUCGUCCGCUUCAACGACACGCCCAUCGUCCGAGCCUCCGGCAGGGAGCUGAGCUACGUGCUGCUGACGGGCAUCUUCCUCAUCUACCUGAUCACCUUCCUCAUGAUCGCCGAGCCCAGCGUGGCGGUCUGCGCCUUGCGCAGGCUGCUCCUGGGCCUCGGGAUGUGCAUCACCUACGCCGCCAUGCUGACCAAAACCAACCGCAUCUACCGCAUCUUUGAGCAGGGCAAGAAAUCGGUCACGCCUCCAAAGUUCAUCAGCCCCACCUCUCAGCUCGUCAUCACCUUCGUUCUGAUCUCGGUGCAGGUCCUCGGCGUGUUCGUUUGGUUCGGCGCGGCGCCACCUCACGCCAUCAUCGACUACGAGGAGCAGAAGCCUCCCAAUCCCGAGUUUGCCCGGGGGGUCCUCAAGUGCGACAUGUCCGAUCUGUCCCUCAUCCUGUGUCUGAGCUACAGCAUCGUCCUGAUGAUCACCUGCACGGUGUACGCCGUCAAGAGCAGAGGAGUUCCCGAGACCUUCAACGAGGCCAAGCCCAUCGGCUUCACCAUGUACACCACCUGCAUCAUCUGGCUGGCCUUUGUGCCCAUCUUCUUCGGCACCGCGCAGUCCACCGAGAAGAUGUUUAUCCAGACCACCACUCUGACCGUGUCCAUGAGCCUGAGUGCCACGGUGUCGCUGGGCAUGCUGUACAUCCCCAAAGUCUACGUGAUCAUCUUCCAUCCGGAGCAGAACGUCCAGAAGCGAAAGCGCAGCUUCAAAGCCGUGGCGCAGGCGGCCACCGUUUCUACGCACCUCUCGCAGAAAUCUAACGACAAACAGAACGGCGAGUCCAAGGUUGAGCCGGACAGAUCGCAGUAAAGGAGACUCAAAUGAGACAAUCGUGACAUCACAAGCGCCCUUACUGACAUGAUUGACGCAACGGAGGACAAACGAGCGUCGAUCUGACCGGUGUUCUUCCUCUUGCUUUUUCGCGAUGGCACCAGCAAUGUCCCUGGAUUUCUGUCUUCUACAUCGGGGGUGCCCAACCGCCGGGCCGCGGACCGGUACCGGUCCUCGGGGCGUUUGGUAUCCGGCCGCACAAUAAGAACCUACAUUAAUUCCGUCCCAUUUAUUUUGAAAGACGACAGAUGUUUUAUUUUGAAAAAUUACCGCAUUCUCCGUUACAUCCGGCCACUUCACUUGACACACGUCAAACCAUGCUUCUCCGUCACGUGACCGAUUACGCUAAUAACAAAACACCUGAGAUUGCUAAAUGAUUAAAAUGAACCGCUGGAGAUCGCAAAUGACGGCGGCCUCAAAACUCUGCCGGUGUUCUGGAUUCAAGUUAUGGCUGAACACUCUGAGAUGGCCACAAUAGCACUGUUGCCACUUCCGACAUGCUACCUGUGUUGAGGCGGCGAUGGGGGGUUUUGUGCAGCGACGGCGACUAAAUCGACAUGAAGCACACACUUCAGGUGUCAUUGUCUCCUUUUACCCCGAGAUGGGACCGCCCGCCUGCAGAAAAUCAAGCUCGGCGCUCGCACUGAUUCAGCAUUGUGGUGAGUUGAGAUUUUCAUGCACUUUGAAUUUAUGUUGUAUCGUAUUUUGAAGGCAUUAAGACCGGAGCGAUCAGUGUUGCGGCCAAAUUGGACGCUCCUCGUGUUUUUCUCGCUCCCCCCGUGUUCAUGCAGCUCUUAGCGUAUUAUUUUGUAGUAUUUAUCCACCACAUCUUAAAUGCCGGUCCGUGAAAAAAAAAUUGUCUGACAUAAACCGGUCCGUGGGGCAAAAAAGGUCGGGGACCCCUGGUCUACAUAACUCGCGCGGACUGAAGCACAAAAAGACAUUGAGGAGCUCACCUUGAUGAAAAUGA